CCAACAGGCAAAAAGAGAAUUUCUAGGGAUUGUUCACCUUCUGCGAGCGACGGCGACAAUGGAUUCCGAUAUUACGAUGGUUCCCGCUGGCGAAGGCUCUACCGCCGCCGCUUCCUCCUUGCCGUCUUCUUCCACCAAGAAACCGAAACGAUUCGAGAUCAAAAAGUGGAACGCCGUCGCCCUCUGGGCCUGGGAUAUCGUCGUGGAUAACUGCGCGAUCUGCAGGAAUCAUAUCAUGGAUCUAUGCAUCGAGUGCCAGGCGAAUCAGGCAAGCGCAACGAGUGAAGAAUGUACUGUUGCUUGGGGGGUUUGCAAUCAUGCUUUUCAUUUUCACUGCAUCAGCCGUUGGCUCAAGACUCGUCAAGUUUGCCCCUUGGAUAACAGCGAGUGGGAGUUUCAGAAGUAUGGGCAUUAAUCAUUCAGCCGUGAAGAAGGUAUCGAUCAUCUGGUCCUGACUCCUCUCACAAUGUUCCAUAAAAACCUGUGCCUCCAAGUUUCGUUACUGUUUCCCAAAAAGAAAAAAGAAAAAAACAGGGUGUUUCUAGCAAGGUACACGUACACGAAAUAGCUAUCUUAAUCGAGUCUUGAUAUUCUCUUCAGGGAUCUGGUUUAAACCUGGGGGACUGGGAAUUCAGAAUGAUGUAGAAAAGCAGGCAUGCCGGGUUUUGAACCUAUUUUGUUGUUGUUUUUGCGGUUUUAGUACAAUGGAAAUGGAAAGCGUGGGUGUGUGGUUUGGAAACAGUAGUUAAGAGGGUACACAAAUGAUCUUCGAGAUAGAAAACAAGUGGUGAAAUGAACUAUGGUUUGGCGAA